GAGUGCGUUAUUAGAUUUCGUACUUUAUCCCAGACGACCAGCCUAUCAGAGAGUUCAUUUCUCCGUCUCCCUUGGUCGGAAGACAGUAAUGGCGACGGGUCUGUUCAGGAGAACAAUCUCUAGGGUGUCCGCAUCAAGAUUCGUGUGGGUCCGGGCCCACGCGAGCGAGGCCGAGGCGCAGCAGGUGGAGGCUCGCGCCUCCACGACUCUCAAGACCUUCUCCAUCUACCGGUGGAACCCGGACAGCCCGUCGAAGCCCGAGCUCCAGGACUACCAAAUUGACCUGAAGGAGUGCGGGCCCAUGGUCCUCGACGCCCUCAUCAAGAUCAAGAACGAGGUCGACCCCACCCUGACGUACCGACGCUCGUGCCGGGAGGGCAUCUGCGGUUCCUGCGCGAUGAACAUCGACGGCUGCAACGGCCUCGCUUGCCUCACCAAGAUCCCGUCAUCCGGGUCGGCGACGACGAUCACGCCACUGCCACACAUGUUUGUGAUUAAGGACCUGGUGGUCGACAUGACCAACUUCUACAAUCAGUACAAAAGCAUCGAGCCCUGGCUUAAGAGGAAGACUCCACCCGUGAAAGGCAAGGAGAUUUUGCAGAGCAAGAAGGAUAGGGCCAAGCUGGAUGGGAUGUACGAGUGCAUUCUCUGCGCCUGCUGCAGUACAUCCUGCCCCAGUUAUUGGUGGAACCCCGAGUCUUAUCUUGGCCCCGCCGCUUUGCUCCACGCUAAUCGGUGGAUAAGUGAUAGCCGUGAUGAAUAUACGGCCGAACGGCUGGAGGCUAUAAAUGACGAGUUCAAGCUCUACCGCUGCCAUACCAUACUCAACUGUGCCCGUGCCUGUCCGAAGGGCUUGAACCCUGGAAAGCAGAUCAUUCAUAUCAAGCAGCUCCAACUAUCUGGUGGCGCUUGAGUUUCUAGGUUCAUGUAGUAUUGCAUGCAGAUGUGAAUUUGACCAGUUAUUAUGGUAUAGUUUUGGUGAUCCAGGCACAGACAGCUGUGUAUUGAGUUAAUAAUGUGAAGAAUCGAAUGUGUUGUUACCUAUCCCCUUUGUACCCACAAAAUUUGAAUUCAAGUAUGGUCUUUCUUUGCUAUUUAUAAAUAAAAAUGUUACUAGAACUUCGUG